AGGCCUCUUUUUAAGAUUAUGUCAACGUGUGUUUCGUAUUUAUGGAGGAAAUAAACGCUCUUUCAGAGUCCCCUUUCCUUUUGUUAGCUAGCUAACUGUACUAGCUAGCAGACUCGAAGCCUUUCUCACUCUCAGAGGAGAAAUGCACCAUCAGGAGGAGAAUGGAGACAGAGGAAAGAGGGGCAAUGGCGAGAACAAGACAAAACUUAUAUGAGAAAAGUGGAGGAGGAUGAGAGUCGAUGGCAGCAGGAAAAAGAAACGGUGCCCAGGGGGACAUGCCAGGCCAUGUGUUCCACUCGCGAGCUGCAGAAUCGCGAGGUGCAGAACCGCCUUCAUCGUUUUGAGAUGUUGGCAGGGACAGAAAAGGAUCGACGGCCCAAAGGAGACCCUUUACGUGCUGUCAAAGAGUACUCCAGACCAGCAGCAGGAAAAGACUCAACAAACCCCACUGAGCUCCGUCCACCUGAUGUUUUGCUGAAAACUGUAUGUUUUCUUAUAGACGAUGUUGCCGCAUCCCCAGAUCAGCAUCCUUGGACUGAGGUGUAUAGUUUUGUUUUUGACCGCCUGCGGGGCGUAAAGCAGGACAUGAUCAUCCAGAGGGUGUCUGGGGUGAAGUGCAUUGCCAUCUUAGAGCGGACAGUGCGUUUCCUUAUCUACUCAUCUUACCGGCUCUGUGGUGAGCCGUUGCGGCUUUAUGACCCACGCAUUAAUGACAACCACCUUCAGGAGAAUCUGAACUGGCUUUUGGAUUGCUACAAAACCGGACCAGGGCCGCAUCCCAACCAGGAGGAGUUCCAGGCCCUCUGUCUACUCUACAACUUGGGUUCAGCUCAUGCCACACAACACAUCAUGGAGCUCCCAGAGAGGCUGCGCAGCUCUCCUGCCAUCACACUUGCUCUUUCCAUCAACAGGGCCUUCUUGGAGCGGAACCCUGUACGCUUGCUGCGCCUGUCUCAGAAACUAAACUUCCUGCAGAGCUGUGCUUUACACAAUCAUCUCAUGACGUGUCGUAGAGACCUACUUCUUAUUUACAGUCAUGGACACAACAGCCGCAACUGCCGCUUUCCCCUCGACAGUGUGGCUAAGCUCUUGUCUUUAGACUCUUCCCUCACUGUCCAGCUCUGUCAGACGUAUGGAGUGGAAGUCAACCAGGACAACCAAGUCGUUUUCUCUAAAGCUGCUUUCACUGAGCCUGAACAAGGAAAGCUAAACUGUAAACUGUUUCACGGCACAGUAGCUGAGAAACAGGCGGACCUCAACAUUGGGAGGAUCAUUCAUGGUUGCUCUUGAUGCUUGGAAUUAAACUUUAAUACAGAAAUGUUUAUUUAUAUCAAGAUGGGGGUGUUGUGUUUACCCCUGUUGCUCCAAAGGGAGGUCCCGUUUGCAGAUUAACCUUCAAGAGUGCAGCUUGUUAGGCUUGAAUUGUGGGGCCUCCCUGAAGGAUGUCCAGUGCCAAUAUGUUUUACCAAUUAAAUACUUUUAAUUUUUAAUGUAAAACGUAAGCACAGAGGCAAGUAUCUGCCAUAUUCUAUAUUAGAGAAGCUGGUCAAAUAAAGUUCCCCCCUGAGUUCUGGAUGUGCUUCUUGAUUAUCACAUUCUUGGUUCUCUAAAUCAGUUGUUCUCAACUGGUCAGGCAACAGGACCC